AUGAGUCGCGAUAGCGGUUCGGUUGCGCUACCGCUGGCCGCCGGUCGCCGGGUCCUGGUUACCGGCGGCGCCGGGUUCCUGGGUAGCCACCUGGUCGAAGCCUUGCUCGAACGUGGCUGCCGGGUGGCGGUGAUCGACGAUCUCUCCACCGGCCGAUUCGAAAACAUCGCUCACCUCGAAGGCCAUCCCCGAUUCACGAUUGCCAUCGACAGCAUCACCCACGAGGUCGUGCUCGACCAUCUGGUGCGCGACGCCGAUAUGGUCUUCCACCUGGCGGCGUCGGUCGGGGUAGAGCUAGUGGUGCAGGAUCCGGUGCAUGCUCUCGAAGGCAACAUCCUCGGUACCCGCUCGGUGCUCAGCAUGUGUCAGCGCUACCGCAAGAAGUACCUGCUGACCUCGACCUCCGAGGUCUACGGCAAGAGCGAUGCGGUGCCCUUCAGCGAAGGCGACGACUUAAUGCUGGGGCCGACCGCCAAGGCACGCUGGAGCUACGCCUCGUCCAAGGUCGCCGCCGAACAUCUAUCAUUGGCCUAUCACCGCCAGCACGGCCUGCCGGUGGUGAUCGUGCGCCUGUUCAAUACCGUUGGCCCGCGCCAACUGGGUCGCUAUGGCAUGGUGAUUCCGCGCUUCGUGCAGCAAGCGCUGGCCGGCGAACCUCUGACGGUCCACGGCGAUGGCCGCCAGCGCCGCUGCUUCUGCCACGUCUCAGACGCCGUGCGAGCCAUCCUGGCGUUGGCCGAACAUCCCGACGCCCUCGGCCAGGUCUACAACAUCGGCUCCACCGAAGAAGUCUCGAUUCUCGAGCUAGCCCAGCGAGUGCUAGGUCUGGUCCGUCCCGAAGCCGAUCCCGAAGUAGCCAUCCGCCUGCUGCCCUACGAAAAAGCCUACGGCCCCGGCUUCGAAGACAUGCGCCGCCGCCUGCCGUCGAUCGACAAGAUCGCCAGCCUGGUUGGCUGGCAGCCGACGAUCAGGCUCGAUGAGACGCUGCGGAGGGUGGUGGAGUUUCAGCGUCAGCAGGGGCUCAACCGCUCCCGAUAG